AUGAAUCCACCCAAUCGUACAAUCAUCACCGAGUUCUUCCUUUUAGGAUUCCAGAAUCUUCACGUUUUAAAGAUUCCAUUUUUCAUUCUUCUCCUUAAAAUAUAUAUCCUAACAAUUACCGGAAACGUUCUCAUUAUCUUCUUGAUCUCUACCGUUCCCUCCUUAAACUCCCCCAUGUACUUCUUCCUCUGCCAUUUGUCUUUCUGUGAUGUCUUCUUCACCACCAACAUCGUCCCCAACAUGCUCCACAUUAUUUUGGAAGGUGGUGGCACCGUUUCGGUUUUUGGCUGCCUCACCCAACUUCAGAUGUUUGGUUUCUGCGGUACGGCUGAGUGUUAUAUCCUCACCGUGAUGUCCUACGACCGGUAUCUAGCCAUAUGUAAGCCACUCCAUUAUUCGUCCAUCAUGGGACUGAAGUUCUGCCUCAAUCUGGUCAUCGCAUCAUGGUCCCUCGGGUUUCUGUUCGCUUCAAUAUCUCGUCUGCUGUUAGGUGGCUUAGACUUCUGUGACCGUAACAUAAUUGACCAUUUUUACUGCGAUUUUCUCCCCAUUCUAGAACUUUCCUGCUCAGACACCUUUGUUGUUGAGUUGGAAGCCUUUAUGGUCAUCCCGUUCAUCGUUCUCUUUCCGUUCGUGUUUGUCAUCGUCACGUACGUCUAUAUCUUCAUCACCAUCCUUGGAAUCUCUUCCACCACCGGGAGACAGAAGACCUUCUCCACGUGUAGCUCCCAUUUGGCCAUCGUGUGUUCUUUUUACGGAACUCUAAUUAGCAUUUAUUUGAGUCCAUCCAGAGGAUACGCAUUAAAUAUUAACAAGUUCACCUCUCUUCUGUACUCCGUGGUCACCCCGUUGUUUAACCCCAUCAUAUAUAGCCUAAGGAACCAGGAAAUCAGAAGAGCAUUUAAUACGAUCCAUCGAGAUACCAAGGUCACCAAAGACGUUCUUUGA